AAAGAAAAAAUUAUAUUGGAUAAAUAAAAUAGCACAACUUCAUCACUCUCAUCUCGAACUCCUCUAUCAGACCAAACCCUCUCUAAUGGAUUUCACAGCAGAGCAGCUGAUCCAAUUCAACGGCACAGACCCAUCAAAGCCAAUCUACUUAGCAAUUAAGGGUCGUGUUUUUGAUGUCACCGCAGGCAAAUCUUUCUAUGGACCAGGUGGAUCCUACGCAAUGUUCUCUGGCAAAGAUGCAAGCAGAGCUCUUGCAAAGAUGAGUAAGAACGAUGAAGAUAUCUCUCCUUCUCUGGACGGCCUCACUGAAAAGGAAAUGGGUGUUCUUAAUGAUUGGGAAAAGAAGUUUGAAGUUAAGUAUCCCAUUGUUGGCCGUGUUGUUGGUUCUUGAAUAAUAUAAUAGAUUUAACGCUUCUUGUUUUGUGGUGUGUUGUAUUUAACCUAAAGCGAUUUGUUGUAUUGGGUAUAUAAAGUUUAUGAAUUUGAUAAUAUAUGAGGAUGAUGAGAACUCUUUAUGUAUGGUUUAUGUUUUGAUGAUUGAAUAAAUUUGGGUUGUGUUUAUAA